AUGCGUAAUGAUGCAUACCAUGUACCAGAGGGAUCCCAAGCCUCCUCUGGGGGUAAUCUCCGCCUUGAAGCCUUGUUUUGUUUUACUGUCUUUUCUAUAGAACUUGCUGUGGACUGGUUGUGUUCCCCCAGAUUCAUAUUUGAAACUCGUAUCACCAGUGUGAUGGUAUUUGGAGAUGGGGCCUUUGCAAAGGACUGUGGGAAUAUAAUGGGCAGGAGCUCCCCAGCCAGAAGCACAGAGGGGAGUCCAGAGGCCGGGGAGGGGGCCUCUGUGGUCAGAAGGUUACGUCGUUGUUGGCCAUUCACCUACAAGUACCAAAGAGAUGCUGAAUUCCAGGAGCAUGAAAAGAUUCUGUCUCCAGAUUUUCUUUCAGCUGCUCAAAUCACUGAAAUGCUAACAGAAGACAUAAAUGGAGUUCAACAAAAAUUGAAAAAGUUUUUGAAUUUCAAAAACCUUCAAACCUGUUUAAAGGAAGCCAUUCUACUAGAUUAUUAUGUAUCUGGAUUUUUGUGGGCUAGAGGAAUGGACUUUUCUGUUACUCAAUAUUCAAAAUUUAUGACUUUGCUAGAUAUGUUACUUCAUAAUCUUAGAACACUGCAUAUGUCCUUAGAAGACAGCAUAAAAUGGCUUGGAGAAGUUAUGGCUGAAAUAGGACCACCCCAUUCACAGAAAAAUGAAGAAUGGAGUUUUUUUAAUAUAAAACAAGCCAAUGCUAUCAUCGAUUACUUAAAAAUCAGCUUAUUUCAACACUACAAGCUAUAUGAGUUUCUAUUCUACGCUACCAGGGAAGAAAUUGUGAUAGGAACUGAGCAAAUGAUAGAGGUUGUCAAGCCUUCAGGUGGUCUCCUCCCAGAUCCUCUAGAAGAAGGAAUCUCAUUUGACAUUUAUUCAACAUUCAUAGAACCACCCCCAACAUUGGAUGCAGAAGUGAAGGGGUUGGAUCAAGAACAAGUCCCUGAGGAAUUCCAGUCAGAAGCCAACAUUUCUGAUGCGGAUCCUUUAGUGGGUUUCACCAUUGAAGAUAUAAAAUCAGUGCUGGGUCAAGUCACAGAUGAUAUUUUAAUCGGCAUUCAGACUGAGAUAAACGAAAAGCUGCAAAUACAGGAAGAGGCCUUCAAUGCACGAAUAGAAAAACUGAAAAAGGCCUGA